AUACAGACUACAUGUAUACCACCAUGUUUGCCAUAGCAGGUCACAGAUUCCUUGGUUCAAUGUCACAAAUGAGAAGCACUUACUGUGUCUAUCGGCAUGCAUGUAAACUCUGGAGGAAUAGACCCAUAUUUACACAUUGGACUUCAUCCCAGUACAUCACCAGAUGGCUUGCAAGAACAGGGCUUAUAGGGUUAGGAGGACUGUGUGCUAUUCCUGUUCAUAAUGUGAAGGAGGCUGGUGUGAAAGGAUUACCUAAAGUUAAUCCAGAUACUCUGACCAGUAGUACUCUCAUCAUGAACGCUGCAGCUAUGACGGUUGAUUCAGCUUCUGCGCUUCUAACCCAAACCUUUGUAGCUAUCAUUGACAAAUACAAGGACCUUGCACGGGAUAUUGAACUACUGAUGGGUAAAGUUGAGAAGCAUAGACAAUUUGAGAAGAUGGGCUAUCAUUCAGAUGACCUUUGGGAAGAGGUCAUAGAGGCAAGGGUCAACAUCGAUGAUAGGAGGCAUGAGAUACAGGCCCUUGAAGCCAUUUUGAACAGCGCCCUCUUAACGCUUGAAGCAGCAUCAGAAGCAGCGUUCCAGUCGGGCAACGAGGAGCUGGCGAUGAUGGGACGAGACAGAUGCCAGUAUGUAAACACCCAAAUCGCCUUGACGACGGCAGUCAUCCUCAAGGCCGAGAAGGUACUGGCGAAGUUUCAAGCCGAUGCCAUCAAGGAGACCAAGACCGAGAAGAAGGAGGAAGAUGGGGAUGAGGACAAAGGUUCCAGAGAAGAGUCCACAUAGGAAUUCACCUAGUGGGUACUGGCAAGGCAUUCUGUAAAAGUGACUGUGAGUCUUGUAAUAGUGUGAUUCCUUGAGGCUACAAGCCGAGGCCAUCAAGGAGACCAAAACAGAGAAGAAGGAAGUUGGGGAUGAGGACAAAGGCUCCAGAGAAGAGUUCACGUAGGAACUUACCUAGUGGGUACUUGCAAGGCAUUCUAUUAAAGUGACUGUCUUGUAAUAGUGAGAUUCCUUGAGAUCCUGAGGGAGACAUGCUACUGGCAAAGAUCAUCAGAGAGACCAAGACUGGCAAUGGAGGAGACAAUGUAGACAGUAGCACCCUUUCACAAACAUGACGGAAGGCAAAGACGACAGGAACACGACGGAAGAGUUGUAUCCCCAUGAUUCUCUCAACGUCAUUGCUUCCGUCCUGUUUGGAAAGCGCCCUAGUGAUUCUGGAGGGGAUGCCUUGUAGGCACCUCCUAACGAUUACAAAGACUGGAAAAAAUUCACUUUUAUUGGGAUGAUGAGAUUGGUCCAUUAGUGACAGUAUCAAAAGAACAUCAAAGAUACCGAGA